AUGGUCAAUUAUAUCAUCGGUCGUGUCGUAUGUCUUGGAUCUGAUCCACACUCGUGUUGUCGACGCGUUCACCAUAUAAUGGAUGGCAAAAAGAAGUUCAGUUUGAAGUCCAUUAUCCAUAAGAGUUCUUCGGCUCACGGACUGAGCGGACAGACAGCGGGCGGCGAUCAGCGGUCGUCGCAACCGAACGCCACGACUGAUGGCCGAAGCGGUCGUCGAGACAGCGAUUCGGCAUUAAAUGAGUUAAAAAAGGAUCAAUUCGUGGACACAUACGUGAAGGAGAAGUUGAAACGCGAGUCAAUCGCCGACCCGUUGAAUAUCAUGAAUCCGGACGUGGAGUCCGAUAUACUCCAGAGUAUUGACACGAAAUACUUCGAGAACGUAACGGAUCCGCUGACCGCCGAGCAGUUUGUUUUUGACGAUUUGCCCCAAGAGUUGUCGCUUACAUACCUGUCCGACCAAACGGUGUGUCUGAAGCGACAGCUGUCGGUCGUGUCGAAGAAGGUGUCGGAUCUGAUACUGAAGAAUGAGUGCAAAUACCGGACAGAACUCGAACGGGUGACCCGUUUGCAGACCGGUCUCUCCGAUGCCAUCAAAGUGUGUACGAGUGGUCGCCAGCACUUGGACUGCUCUAAACGCAACUUCACGUGUGUAUCGCUCGGUAUUGUCGCCUCUUAUCGUCGUCGGGAGGUCUUGAAGUCGCUCUUGAAAUCUCUGCAAACCAUUAAGACAUUACAGGAAACAGAUAUACGACUUCGGGAACUACUGGAGGACGACGAAGACUAUACGGGAGCCAUACAGCUAUAUCUCGAGUGCCAUAAAGUGGUGUCCAGUCUUAAGCACUAUCGCUGUAUCAGCGAAUUGAAUACCAAACUCCAGGACACGUUGGAGAUGACCGAAGAGCAGAUCGAUGUGGCGCUCAGUAAAAUGUGUUUGACAUUCAACCGCCAGCUGUACCACAAACUCAUGAGUGCAUACAAUCUGUUGGGCAAAACGCAGACAGCUAUGGAUCAGCUAUUAAUGCACUUCGCCAGUGCCAUACAUAACAAGGCGUUUGCCAUUGUGUUGGGUUAUGUGGAACUGUUUGCCGACACGUCGGCCAGCGCUCAGAAUUACCACAAACGCCAAUACAGCGAAUUGUGUCGGUGUUUAACGGCCGACAGUUUCCUCGCCUGUCUCACCGAUCUCUGCAAAGCCUUAUGGGAUAUGAUGUCCAACUAUUACCGCAUAUUAUCAUUCCAUAGAGAGUCUGUUCAGCCAUCAGAUGAACUGGUGGUACAACAGACCGGUGCCACUGAUGACGAAGACUCUGCGUUCAACCAACAGUUUGUGAUACAGAAGUUGGAGCACGGAUUGGGACGUAUUUGGCAGGACGUGCAGCAGAAGCUCCGGACACUCAUACAGAACCACAACCUCUCCGACCAUAACAUCGACGAGUUUAUCAAAAUACUGGCCGUCGCCGAGAGAAUGGUGGACAUCGGCGAAGAGUUUUGCGGCAAUCGGUCCGAAGAGCUCCAGCACUCGAUAAAGUUGCAGACAAUUAAUUACUUCCAAAACUACCACAAGUCCUGUAUGUCUGAGCUGAAGGAAUUCCUCGAGAGCGAGUGUUGGACUCUGUGUCCGGUCCAGAGGUUUAGUUUAAUACAUUUACAAGAGUUCCAGUUCUUGCGCACGAGCCUACCAUCGCAACGGAUGGGCACGUUAUCGCCCAACUCGUCGCCCACCAAAAGACAUCGAUAUUAUUUUUCGGCACAUUUUUUACGGCCAAACGAGUCGACGAUUACGCCAUUCGAUGAGGACAUGGAUAUUGAAAAUGACACGAAAGAGUCGAAAGAGACGGCCGACACGAACGAAAGCCAAGUGAAGAGCCGUAGGAUAUCGAUGAACGGCGAAUGCGGCGCCGAUACCGACGAGAGUGGCAACAGUGAGUCGAUUAUGACAAACACAACGCUAAACAUAUUGCGAUUGUUUGGCAAAUAUAUGCAAAUGAUGUCUAUCUUGCGUCCAAUCGCUUUCGAUGCGAUGCUUUGUUUGUUUCAAUUAUUUGAUUACUAUUUAUACGCUGUCUAUAAGUUCUUCGGCAGAGAUAUGUUAAUCCUGUCCGAGAGUUCGCUGUCCAAUGAGAUGAAAGUAACGCUCAAACGUAUUGCCGAUAAUUUGAUUGCCGCCGAAAAGAGCUCCGAUCCUAGUAUUGAAUUAAACCUCAAUAAUGGCGCUAAUAAUAGCAACACUAAUAAGUAUUAUUCGCCAAUUCUGUCAACUGUUGUGGAUAUGUCUUCAGCACAGACUCUGUACGGUUUGGCCGAACGGGUGGUCGCUAUCGAGUCAUUAGUCGCUCUUUCCAAUCAAUUCCAUUAUUUGCGGUCUUAUAUCGAAGAACUCAUUCCUCAGGAGAAGAAACACAUUCUUCAGCAAUACUUCAAUCAAGUGGUAUCGAUUGCCAAUGAUUUGCGUAAACCGGUGUAUAUGUGGGUAACCGUACGGUGUGUUCAAUACGAGAAUAUCGUCUCAAUGAUGGCCACAACGCAGUGGAAUAUCCGCGAAAUCCUUUCGAUGCAUAACUCAUAUGUGGAUCUAUUGUUACGCGAGCUCCAGAUCUUUAGUAUGCGUUUGAAUGAAGUGUUUGUCAAACAAUUGAUGGGAAUAGAGAUCCCGAAAGAGGUGUACCAGUGUUUGUGGGAACACGUGCUCCGACUCUCCAAUCGGACGUUCAUCGAAGGCUUCUCACUGUCGAAGAAGUGCACGAAUGAAGGCCGAGCUCUCAUGCAAUUGGAUUUCCAACAAUUCCUGACCAAAGUGGAGAGUCUGACCACAAUUCGCCCGAUUCCCGAACGAGAACUCGUCGAAGAGUACAUCAAAGCCUAUUAUCUGACAGAACCGGCGCUCGUCGAGUGGAUCAAACUCCGCAAAGAAUAUAAUCCCAAACAGAUCCAGGGAUUAGUCACGUGUAUUACUAAUGACAAUAAGAAAGUGCGGACAAGGAUUUUGGCCGAAAUCGGUUUAAACCCAUAA